AUGGGCGACACAUUGGAGGAGACGCCGCCGGCGCGACGCGACAAGCCCCAAAGCUUGAACAUUGUCGAUGGGGAUGAAUCCUCAAUUGCCGCCACCUCCGCAUCCGCCUCCGCCGCCUCCAACACACGUCCGCCACGCAAUCGCGCGCGCAUGCGUGAACGCAGCGAUGAACGGGAUCGUGAACGUGAACACUCCUGCGAUGGCAUCAUUGGCGGCACAGUCAGUGGCAAUAAAGUGGCCAGCGGCAGCAACGAGUUCGAGAGCAUUGAGCCCAAGCCCCGACGUGAGAGUCUCAACAGCGAGCAGCAGACCAGCCCCAGCGCGUUUGCCAACAGUCUGAACAAAGCGAUGCUGGGACGUGCUCCUCGUUACCCGUCCAGCGCCGCAGGCGCCACAACUCGCAAGUGUGUCCUCACGCUGGACGGGUACUCCUAUGUCAUAGUUGCCAGUACACCGGAGGCGAUACCGGGCAAGCGUGACGAGGCCAGCGCAGGCGUUUCAGCGGGCACCAGCAGUACGGUCUGUGGAGUAGGCAGUGGUGCAGCAGGCGGCGGUGCAGCAACAACAACAACUUCAGUCGGUGGCACGGAAAUUCAGAACCUUAGCAGUUGCGAACUGGGCGGCAGCACAAAUGCGACAAUAAAUGGUCAAGUGGCAAGACACGGCUCUCUUACCAUUGUACGACGCUCAAAUAGUCGCAAAAAUUUCACACAAAUCGACGCACAACAAUCAACGCUGCUCAGCUCGCCAGCGAACGCCGCGAGCAUCAGUUUCUUCCAACCAUUAAGUGAACCGGGCGCCGAGCGCUUGAGCGGUCCGGCAACGACUGGAACCAGCAGCUCCCGGAAUACGAAUACUAACGGUAGCAGCGGCGGCGGUCAUAACGCCGCAGCCUCCACGACUGAGCCACUGCAGCAGCUGCCACUGCGCGAAUCAGCAGUAGCCGCAACGACUGUGCCACCAAUGAACAACUCGGAGAAAAUGCAGCCCUCGUCGCCGAAUUUAUCGAACUACUCAACCGAUCCGACCACGGCACCCAAUGGCGGGGGUGCCGAUGAGGCCGGGAACUCGUUAAUAACGGGAUCGCGUACCGAUAUGUUCACCUCGGAUGCGGAACCGUACAGCGCGGACAAUAUAGAAAAUUGGGAAAAUUUGCCAUCUGUCGAUACACCAGAUGCGCUCAAUAAAGCAGCCGUCAAAAUUCGCCAUUUGCUGCGUCGCAUGGAUCAAGGAUCCGUUGCCUACGAGGACAUGCAACGCAAUCUGCAUUAUGCAGCGCGUGUUCUCGAGGCAGUGUUCCUGGACGAAUCAAGUGAGCCGUCCAAGCAGCGCGACAAAGCGACAUCAGCGGCAGAGCAGCGUUGCAAUGCCAACUGUAAGAAUCUAAACUGCAGCCAGCACAGUCAUAGCAAUAGUGGCCAGCAGGAGCAGGACGAUGCUCAACAGCAGGAUAACAAUAAUUCAAAUAGCAGCUGCAGCUUGCACAAUGCAACCGCCACCGCCACCACCACCGCCGGCACUGCUGGCGAACCCAACUCAGUUGUGGAUGCGUCCGACAAUCAAACGACAAGCAUAGAGAGUCGCACGAAGGGCGUUUCUAUGGCGCCUCAAACGCACAGUGGACCCACUGGUCCACCGCUCCCAGAAACGCCCGACGAAACUGCAACGACUAGGAUGGCGACGGCGACGGCGACAGAAGAGGUGACAAAAACAGUACCCGCUCUCGAAACUGUCAGUGAAUCAGUGCUCGAGGAGCACCACUCAAUGACAAAGCCUGCCCCAACAGAUGCAACAGCAGCAGCCACAACAGCAGCUACUACUGCGGCCAGUUCGGAUACUCCAUCGAGUGGGGCGGGUGCAGCCAGCGGUGGUCAAAGUGUUUCCAGCAGUAGCAGUUGCAGUAAUAAAGCGACCGUGCAGCGACAAAGACGCCUGCGCACACCGGUCUGGGCGAGAUCAAUGUCGACGAAUAAAACGCGUCUGGCCGACGAGGACGAUGAACUGUCGGAGGUGCAACCGGAUGCGGUGCCACCGGAGGUGCGCGAAUGGCUCGCCUCGACCUUCACGCGCCAAAUGGCGACCUCGCGCCGCCGGAGCGACGAGAAGCCCAAGUUUCGGUCUGUGGCCCACGCCAUUCGAGCCGGCAUCUUUGUGGACCGCAUAUAUCGUCGCGUCUCCAGCUCAGCGUUGAUGCAAUUUCCACCCGAUGUCGUUAAGUUGCUAAAGCAUCUGGACGACUGGACCUUCGAUGUGUUUGCGCUGGCGGAGGCGGCCAGUGGCCAGGUGGUGAAGUACGUGGGUUACGAUCUAUUCAAUCGGUACGGCAUUUUACACAAAUACAAGAUCUCGCCGGGCGUGCUGGAGAACUUUCUGCAUCGCGUCGAGGAGGGCUACUGCCGCUUUAGGAAUCCAUAUCACAACAACCUGCAUGCCGUGGACGUGAUGCAGUCCAUGCACACCUCGCUCUGCAACACCGGCCUAAUGAACUGGCUGACCGAUCUGGAGAUCUUUGCCUCGCUGCUGGCGGCCCUCAUACACGACUACGAGCACACGGGCACCACCAACAACUUUCACGUGAACUCUCGCUCGGACAUGGCCAUGCUGUACAAUGAUCGCUCCGUGCUGGAGAACCAUCAUGUGAGCGCCACCUUCAAGAUGCUCAAGGACGACGACUGCAACAUAUUGGCGCACUUGUCGCGCGAGGAAUACCGCGAGCUGCGCACUCUAAUGAUUGACAUGGUGCUGGCCACCGACAUGUCCUGUCACUUUCAGCAGAUGAAGACCAUGAAGCAGAUGAUUACGCUCCAGGACUCGACCAUUGACAAGUCGAGAGCGCUGUCGAUGGUGCUGCACUGCUGUGAUAUUUCCCACCCGGCCAAAAGGUGGGAUGUGCACCAUCGCUGGACCAUGUUGUUGCUGGAGGAGUUCUUUCGCCAGGGUGAUCUGGAGCAGGAGCUGGGUCUACCUUUCAGUCCGCUGUGCGAUCGGAAGAACACGCUGGUCGCCGAGUCACAGAUCGGCUUUAUCGAUUUCAUUGUGGACCCCAGCAUGACCAUCUUCUCGGACAUGCUGGAGUACAUUUUAGCGCCCAUAGCGCCAGUGUUAAAGCCCAAGCCAUCGCCACUGCUCGAGGAGUCCUGUGAAAAGCAAGAAGGUGCGGUGGAACGUCCGGAGGUCGCUAAGGCAGCGGAAUGUACUGCCACCAACUUGCGCAAAAGUCUGACCGGCGACCAUCCGAAGUUCACGAUUCCGAAGCCGUGGCUGCCCUGCCUGGCCGAGAACAAGAAAAUCUGGAAGGAGCAGGCUAUCAAAGAUGCCGAGACGCGAGCUCUGGCUGCCGCCCAAGAGGAACAGGCUGCCGCUGAGGCUGAGGCCACCAAGGCACUGACUCAGUCGGAGGAUACGGAGACCACAGAGGCAACGACUAGACCGGAGCCGAGCACAGAAUCAUCCGCAGAUGCCACCGAUGCGGCGGCGACUACUUAAAUCAACAAAUCGAACUAAUUACGACGUUUGGGGUGCAGCUUUCUUUCUAUCAAUAAUAUAACUAUGAUGUAAAAACUAUAAAGCACACACUUAACAACUGAAUAAUUCCAUCAAAGAUACUAUAUAGCAGCAGAAGCAGCAGCAGCAAAGAAACUGCGUAAACAAACAAAAUCUAAUAGCAUUUCUAGAGAGUACUAGAAGAUACAUUAUAGUAGAAAAAGCUGCUUCUUAAGCGCCCUUGAUUACCGUUUGAAAUAUAUAUACUUGUAUACAUACUAGUUGUAGACAGGAUCAAACAUAGAAGAUAUACCUAAUAACUUACUUCAUAUAUGGCGCUCAAAAAGCAUUAAAUAUAUAGAAAAUAU